AUGAAGCCUAAGAAAAAAAAUAUAUACAUCCGAAACGGAAUUAUCUAUCGUGGUGAUGAAGCUAUUCAUGCCAAAGAAGUAUCAAAGGCUGAAAAGCAAGUAGAUGAAUUAAAGGCCGCACUUGAAAGUAUUGCAACUGAUCCUAGUGGUCCUACUGGUCCAAAUGAGGAUGAUAAAGACGACGAUGAUAGUUUUGAUAUACCGACAUUUUCCGCUUGCAAUGGUGAAAAGGAUGGUCUUAAAAACCUUGCGGAUGGAGGUUGUAAUCAUAAAACAAUAGGCAAAAAAUCUAUUUCAUUAGGACUAAGCGAAUUUAAAGCUCAGUUGGCUAAUAUUACUAGCUGCGGAAAUGUAGUAGGAAGCAAGAAAAAAGAGAAUAUUAGCCACGAUAAUUUUAGUAUAGUUAAUAAACCGAUACAUAACGUUGAAAUGACGGCUUUUGGCUUUGAUCAAAGUAGAAAUGUUAUCGGGGAAAAUAACGAUGUGAAAAUUAAUGACAAAAAUAAAAGUAUUGCUAAUCUCUCAUAUAAAAGUAUCCAAGCCACUGGAAUCAAUGGGGUUGCUCAUGAUAAUGUUAUCGGUUUCAAUAACAAGAAAGAUAGUAAACGUAUAAAUAUGGGUUUAAUCAACUGCAGAGAAGGAGAACUAAAUGUUACAGGCGCUGAUUUGAGCGCUCGCAAAAAUGUGGUUGGAAAUUUCAACAGGGCAAAUACUCUUGAAGCAAGUUUUACUGGGAUUAACAUAGAACGUAACAAUAAAAGUAUUACGGGAGCUAGUGCAAGCUCUAAAGAUACUGUGAUUGGCAAUAGAAAUCAAGUUAUUUCCGCAAGUGCAAAAGUAACCGGAAUUAACAUAGAACGUAACAAUGUUUCUAUUACGGAAGCCAAUGCAAGCUCUCAAGAGAAUGUGAUUGGCAAUAAUAAUAAAGUUAUUUUCGCACGUGCAAAUGCGACCGGGGUUGACAUAAAACGUGACAAUCUUUCUAUCACGGGAGCUAAUGCAAGCGCUAAAAGUAAAGUGAUUGGCGAAGGAAAUACAGUUAUUUCUGCACGUUUAAAAGCAACAGCUAUCAAAUAUCAUGAGAACAACAAAAGUCAUGAUCCUGGUACUAACGCUAAAAUCGAAAAAGAAAAUCAGGGAAGAAAUCUCAAAGUGGACUUUAAUGCAAAUUUUACUGGAAUCGAUGUUCAAAAAAGAAAUGUCGAUAUUAAUAUGAACAAGGAUAACAAAACAAAAUUUGGUGCGGAUUGUACUUUGAUCAGUAACCAAGAAAACAACAUAGUUAUAAAUAAAGGCGAAUCUGGUAUUAAACUCAAAGCUAUCGGGGGCGGUGUAAGUCGUGGAAAUGUAGUCAUAAGCGAACCAUCUGCUGGUAUUGAUAUUGGCUUUAGUGGACAGAAAUCUGUUGGUGACGUAAGUGUCGGCACACGUCUACAGCUUGUUUUCGGACCUUCCUUUAAUUUUGGAUCACCAUUCGGAGGAAGUUCAAGUGGAGAAAGUGGUGAUGACGGUGACAAGGGUGAUGGCAAGGGCGGUGACAAGGGCGAUGGUGGUAACAAGGGUGAUGGCAAGGGAGAUGACAAGGGCGAUGGUGGUAACAAGGGUGAUGGCAAGGGCGAUGACAGUAACAAGAGUGAUGACAAAAGUGAUAGCAGGGGAGAUAGCAAAGGAGAUAACGAGGGGGAUAACAAGGGUGAUAGUAAAGGUGAUGACAAAAGUGAUAGCAGGGGAGAUAGCAAAGGAGAUAACGAGGGGGGUAACAAGGGUGAUAGUAAAGGUGAUAACAAGGGUGAUAAUGAUAGCAAGGGAGAAAAUAAGAGUUGUGGUACCAAUACAAAUUAUGGUGAUAAUAGAAAUAACGAUGGUAACAUGAAUAGAGAUGACAAUGCGAAUGGCAGUGAACAUGGAAAUGAAGAUACGAGUGGAAGUAAACAUAGAGAUGACAAUAUGAAUGGCAGUGAACAUGGAAGUAAACAUAGAGAUGACAAUAAUAAUGGCAGUAAACAUGGAGACGACAGCGAACAUGGAGAUGACAGCGAACAUGGAAAUAACAAUACGGAUAACAGUGAAGAUUCAUUUUGUUCUACAAAUUACUUUAUCUCGAUCAAUGGAAAUCCCUCUUCUUUUGCUAAUGAGGAAAGUCACUCACUAAGUUUUAAUCAGGAUUCUGAACUGGAAUCUCAAAAUAAUGAUAUUUAUGGAAAUGACCAGGACAAUUGCAACAAUCUUUACACAUAUCAACCUCCCGAACCUCCUGCAAGUGAUGUUAUUAUCUUAACCGAUGAGCAUGGCCAAAGUACUGACUACUACUCUUCUCUUACUAGCAAUUCAUUCCAAAAUGGUGGCAUUUAUCAAAGCAAUAACAACUACACCGAUAAUUCUCACUAUGUUACAAAUGACUUAAACUCUUCAUUUAACACGAGUCAAAUUUCUAAACAGGAUGCACAGAGAGAUAUUUUUAUUGACCUUUGUAAUAGUAACUCUAUGUUUCAGGCAGAGAGUUUAAUCGAAGAGAAUAGUGAUUAUAUUAUUAGUAACAGCGCAGACGAAAUAAAUCUUUCUAGCACCACUUUUGGUAACAGCACAGAAUUUUUUUCGCCCACCACUUUUGAUAACACAAAAAAUAAAAUUCAUUCACCUAUCACUUCUGAUAACAACGAAAAUAAAUUUUCUUCAUCCGCCACUUCUGAUAACAGCAAAGAAAAUAAUUUUUAUUCACCCAUCAUCUCUAGUAACAGUACAGAAAAUGAAUUCAUUUCAUCCAUCACUUCUGGAGACAACACAAAAGCUUCCUUAUUUUCAAGUGAUAGAAAAAUGAAAACUUCAACCUUGAAUAACGCUGAUAGAGCCGGAAAUCUCCAAAAACCUACUGUAUUUGAGCAAGUUUUGGCAAACACAAUCCAUGAAAAUCCACGUUUGGCCUCAGCAUUACGUACCGCAUUAUCUAACACUACGCCUACAUCAGAUUCUAAUUCAAAAUCAUCAAAUAAUUCUACUACAGAUAUUAAUGAUUUUAUUAAAACUAUUGAGAAGCAUAGGAUACAAGGCCAGAAGGAUGAUAGCAAUUCAUCUGGUUUAUCUGGCUCUAGUGAGUUUACACGUGCCGAAGGUGCUACAAAAAGUGGUAAUAAAUCUCAAGAAAAAAAUGAUUCUAAACCUUCCAAUAACAAACUAUCGCAGGAAGAUAAAAAGGAUGAAGAGGAUGAAGAGGAUGAAAAUAAACCUAAAGAACCAUGUAAAAAUCACCCUUCAAGCGUUCGUUGUUUUCGUUGUCUAUCAAGUGCCAAAGGGAAAAAAGUUAAAAAAAUGAGAGGAAAUAUAUUUGCAAAUUACUUAUUAUAUUGUUAUAAGUAG